AUGCCACGGCGCACGGUGCAAGAAGUUACUGUGCAAGAUGUGCAGAAGAGGAGAAACCCGAACAAGCACUACGUGUACAUUAUCAAAGUGUCCUGGAGCGAUGGCAGUACAGACACCAUCUUCAGACGCUACAGCAAGUUCUUCGACCUCCAGAUGGAGUUGCUGGAUAAAUUCCCGGUGGAAGGAGGACAGAAAGACCCAAAAAGAAGAAUAAUUCCUUUUCUGCCAGGUAAAAUCCUGUUCAGAAGGAGUCAUAUCAGAGACGUGGCCAUGAAGCGGCUCAGACCGAUCAACGAGUACUGCAGGGCUCUGAUCCAGCUGCCUGUCUACAUCUCUCAGUGUGAGGAGGUGCGAGUUUUCUUCGAGACCAGACCUGAAGACAUCAACCCGCCCAAGGAGGAACCAAUUGGGAAAAAGAAAACUGGGAUUGUGGAGCGAGCGACUUCUUUCCUAAAGCGAGGAGACUCCCCCACAGUGGACCCUCUGCUCCUGGAUCAGUACGUUGCUGUUACUGACUAUGAGAAGCAGGAGAGCUCCGAGAUCAGCCUCUGUGUGGGACAGGUGGUGGAGGUUAUCGAGAAGAACGAGUCUGGCUGGUGGUUUGUGAGCACAGAAGAGGCUCAGGGCUGGGUCCCUGCCACCUGCCUCGAGGCUCAGGACGACCCGGAUGACUUCACCAUCCCGGGAGAGGAGGAUGUAGGUCUAAUUUUGGGGUCGUCUUUGCGUAAAGUGCCGCGGAGGUUCUGGUCUCUGCCGAGGCACAUGGGCCGCCGCAGAACCUUAGGCGACCUAUUCAGCUCAGGGCCAGAGGAGAAAUAUUCUGUGAUCUACCCUUAUUCUGCCCGGGACCAAGAUGAGAUAGACCUGGAGAGGGGAAUGGUGGUGGAGGUGGUGCAGAAGAACCUGGAGGGCUGGUGGAAGAUCAAAUACCAGGGGAAAGAGGGCUGGGCCCCGGCCUCGUACCUGAAGAAAGCCGACAUCCAGAAUCAGAAACCUGGAGCCGCAGUUCACUCCAACACCAACGACCUGGACGGAUACACGCGACAGAACCAUCAAAACAACGCUCUGAAAGACAAUCGCGACAACAACCACAAAGAGAACCGACUCUCCUUCUUCUCUGAGAGCAAAAACAAGCUUGGAUUAAGACACAGACCUCCCCCACGCAGAGACCUCAGUAUUCCCCGAGGUGCAAAACUGCCCAAGCCUCCAGUGCCUCCUCAGGUCGAAGAGGAGUACUACACCAUUGCAGACUUCCAGACCACCAUUCCUGACGGGAUCAGCUUCACUGCUGGCAUCAAAGUUGAGGUGGUGGACAAAAAUGGCAGUGGUUGGUGGUACAUCCAGAUUGACGACAAGGAAGGAUGGGCCCCUGCAACAUUCAUCGACAAAUACAAGAAAACCAGUAAUGCAUUGAGACCCAACUUUCUCGCACCACUGCCCAACGAAAUGGAGCGUCUCAGUCUGGAAGACAACAACCACAUAAAUUCUACAACUACGACAGACAACACAUGGUCUAAACCUUUACCCGACGAGCCCACCGCCACUGAGUCCUUCAUUAGACCCAAACUGAGAGACUGGAAAACCAAUAAGGCUGCUCCUGCUUUUACCGGGCCAUUACCACCAGCUCCUUCAGCCCCCCCUAGUGAGGAAAAGCCAGCACUGCCACCUAGAAGAGAGUCCAUUCACAAGAGCUUGGAGUUGGAGGUAGCAGAGAAGAGCAAACCUGACCCUUCAAAACCAUUACCACCAAAACCACCAGCUCCCGGCGUCAUCGUACCAUUAGUGAAACCGCCUCCUUUCAAAGCAGAGAAACCAGCGGAUUUGAAAAAAGAAGACAAGAGCAAAGCAUUGCAUCUUCGAAAUGAGAUGGGUCUCGAAUGUGGCCAUAAAAUUUCAGCCAAAGAAGUCAAGAAGUUUAAUUUAAAACCGGUGCCAAAACAGCCACCAAAACCGAGACAAGAUUCGCAAGAAGAGAAACAAGAAAGCAUGCCAGCACCUGCAUUUAUGAAACCAAAACCAUGGGUAAAACCCAAGCCAGUCCCAGCCGCUAAGCCAGAAAUGGCAGCAGAAAAUAAACUGGAUAUCACUAAUCUACGUAGCAAGCUUAGGCCAUCAAAAGCUACAGAUUCAAGCUUACCAUCGGAAAGCAAUGGUGUAGCUAAGCCGAGUUCGCCCACAAGCUCUCCUCCCAUUCACAUCCCGAGUUUGAACAACAAACCCAACGAAGAACUGCCAAAAAUCCCGCCAAAAAACAUCAACGGUCACAGCCAGGAAAGAACGUCUUCUCCGCCUCUCAAACCGGCAGUCCCCCUGCACAAAGAGCCCCCCCAGAGACCGCCCGCCAUGCUCCCUAAAAGACCUCCACCACCAAAGAAAAGCGAUCCGUCCAGUCCCACCGAACCCAAACCAGCGCCUAUUUUGAAGGAAGACAUUCCCAAGCCUCCUCAGCUGGGUAGACCUCCUCCUCCAAAGCCAAAAGCGUUCACACCAAUCGAACCCAAAGCGAAUAAAGUACCGAUUCCACCAAAGCCGCAGCUCAAAAGCGACAAACCUGGUCCUCCGAGCAAGCUUCCCCCAUUGCUGAAAGAGCUCAGCAAGGAGGAGUUGUAUCUGGCUGUAGCGGACUUUGAAGGGGACGAGCAAACGGCAGGGUUUAAAAUAGGGGCUGUGUUUGAGGUCUUGGAGAAAAACAGCAACGGUUGGUGGUUUUGUAAAAAUGUAGGAGAGGAGGUAGAGGGCUGGAUCCCCUCAAAUUACCUGAGCAAGAAACCCUAA